UCUAAGAUUUGAGAAACGUGAAAAGUUUUUGGUGUAAUCUAGCAUAUUCCUAUAAUCUUUAUGGUGCAAAAAAUGAUCCCAUGUUACACAAACAUACAAAAGUCUAAAUAAUUGCCCCUUUUUAUGGCUCAAGUUUCUCAAAUCCUAAGCUUUUACAAACAAACAAAUUCCUUUAAUUUCAGCUACCAAUUAGCUCAAUUCUUCUCCUCACACUUGUUCUGUUUUUUUUCCUCCCUCUCAAUACCUCUCGUUUUCAGUUCUUUCUCGAUGAACUCUGAAACUAAGUGAAACCCAGAAAAUAGGAUAAAAGAUUGAAGCUUUUUUUGCAGUUUUUUCUCAUGAAAUCUACUGCGAUAAAACCCUCUAUACCUUCAUCUUUUAAUCAAAAGCUUUUUAAUCCCAAAAACAACCCAUAUCAAAGAGCAAUUUCAUUGUUUUCUUCAUCAAUAUUCAGGGCAAAACCCCAAAAGAGAGCAAUUUGUAUAUCAUGUAAACUUCCAUUUAAUGACCCUCCUCAUAAUAGCUUCAAUCAUUCAACACCCUUAAACCCCUUUUCAUUAUUAGUUCCAAUUUUACAAAGUAUAAAGAAUUUCACAGCAAAAAUUAACUGGGUUUCAUACUUAAAAGACCCAGCAAUUGAUGAAAUUACUAGGUUUAAUAACGAAAAGACACAAUUUUUGCACAAUGGAGGAGUUGGGAUGGCUCUAUUAUCCGUGCAAUCCACUGCUAGGGACAGAUUUAGCCCCUUUAUCGCAACACUAGCCGCGAAUCCAACGUUUGUUAGUGGAUUAUUGGCGUGGUUUUUGGCGCAAUCUACAAAGGUAUUGCUGAAUUUUUAUGUGGAAAGAAGAUGGAAUAUGAGGAUGUUUUGUGCUUCAGGUGGAAUGCCGUCUUCUCACUCUGCUUUGUGUACUGCUAUGACUACUUCUGUUGCGCUUUGUCAUGGUGUUGCUGAUGCUUUGUUUCCAGUUUGUUUGGGGUUUAGUCUUAUUGUUAUGUAUGAUGCUGCUGGAGUUAGGAGACAUGCUGGUAUGCAAGCUCAGGUUCUGAACAAGAUCAUUGAGGAUUUAUUCCAAGGGCAUCCCAUCAGCGAAAAGAAGCUCAAAGAACUUCUUGGCCAUACUCCAUCACAGGUCUUUGCUGGAGCUCUUCUAGGUAUUGUAGUGGCUUGUUUUUGUUGCCAGGGUUGUUUGGUUCCGAUAUGAUAAACUUAAGUUGCUUCUGAAUGAAAUCUUCUUCGGUAUGAAUGUCUGGCUGCUAAUGCUAAACAAGUCUUGGCAAUUGGCAUACAACUACUAAUCACUUCACGGUGAUAUCAUAAUAAGUACUGAAGAAGCUAGGAUUCAUUAGUUGCUUCCUUGAACAUUUGUAUCAGUAUACAUUUUUUGUAAAAAGUAGAUCAUCUCAAUAUAAUUGUUGAGAUGAUGGUUGCUGGUGUAAUUUGAUUGGUAUUGUAAUUUGAAUAAUAAUGAUUAAAUGUAUGAGUUGCAAUGUUUGUUGCUAUUUUUCACAAAAUUAU